UCGCUUCCACUCCCAUUCGCCGCUCCCUGCCAAAACCCUUUCUUCUCAUCUAUCUCUCUCGCUUCACUACUCUCUUCGGUUCCCAUGGCUCCCAGGCGGCUUAAGGAAGCACCCCCUCCUGCCGAUUCUUCUUCUGAAGAAUCAGAAUCGGAAAGCGAAGCCGGCAUUGAAGAAGAGAACGGUGUCGCAGCAGAAGCGGGUAAUGGAGAAAAAUCUAGUCAAGAAGAUGACGAUGAAGAUGAUAGCGAAGAAGAGGACGAAGAUGAUGGUGAAGAAGAUGAAAAAGGAAAACUAUCUUCGCAUAUGAUUAAAGAGGAGGAAUCUGAUUCUGGGUCGGACUCGGAGACGGAUUCGGAUUCGGAUUCUGACUCGGACAACACCAACCCACCUUCGCCGACCACCGCCGACUUCACUAUCAAGCCAUCGAAGUCCAUCGAAGACUCUGUCAAGUCCAAAGUUCAGAAGCCCACGAAGCCCAGUGUCUCGACUCCUGCCCCAGCCACUCCCACGACCACGUCGAAGCGUGCGGCGGAGAAGGAACUUGAAGGAAAGAACUCAAAGAAGAAGAAGGCUACCGAUGAAGAGGACCCGAAACAGUUGUCCGCGUUCCAGCGAUUGUGGAGUGACGACGACGAAAUUGAGAUCUUGAAGGGAUUGAUUGAUUACCAGUCAAAGAAAGGGAAAGAUCCUACCGCUGAUAUGAACGCUUUUCUUGAAUUCAUCAAGAAAAAUCUCCAUGUUGAUGUGGAGAAGAGGCAGUUGUCGAGCAAGAUAUCCAGGUUGAAGAAGAAGUAUUUGAGUAAUUCUGGGAAAGUUGAAAAAGGCGAAGAAUCUGUUCUUUCGAAACCUCAUGAUCGCAAGUCAUUUGAGCUGUCGAAGAAGAUUUGGGGUAGUACUGUGACUAAUGGCGAUGGCAGUGAAGAUAGUGCUAAAAGCGCAAAGAAUAAGUCGAAGCCGAUCGUCAAGAGUAGUGAUGGUGAAGUAAAGACUAACCCUACUGACCCAGAUGAGUUCUGGUCUAACUAUCCAUGCCUGACGGACUCUCUGAAACUUGUGAAUUCCAUCCCAGAAAACUUAAUGAAGCAAACACUUCCUUUGAUUGCAAGUUCUAAGUUGAAAGAGCUGGAGAAUAAGUGGAAGAAGUUACACAUGGAGGGAAUAGAGCUCCAAAAUCAGAGGAAUGAAUUGACUUUUGAACAGAGUAAACUUAUAUUGAAGUUGUUGUAGUCAUUCAAGCCAAUGGUUUUUUUUUUCUUUUUGCUGUUUUUUCUUUAUUCAGUGUUUGGAUAUUUUGCUCACUAAGUUGACACUUCAAGAUGGUUCUAGGGUUUGCCAAAUUUUGUUAAUGAGGAUCAUCUUUUUCCGAAUAUUAUGUCAAAUUAUAUGAAUUUUUUAUUUUGUGAAUAUAUAUAACCCAGCCAUUGCCGAACCAAGGCCAGUGGUUGUGGCUCAAACCAUCAAGUUCUUCA